CCACGUGUUCUUCUUCCUUUUCUCUUUCUCCAUUAUCUCCGGAUAUAUUAUUACUAUUACACAAUCCCACCAAUACACAAACUCUUCUUAACCCAACUCCCAAAAAACAACCUUCAAACUGCACUAUUUUCUUCUCUUUCUUCUACCAACAUUUUGCAUGCCACUGUAUUGUUACAAGAGUAAUCCAUAAUGGCCGGGAAUGAGUGGAUAAAUGGGUACUUGGAGGCGAUAUUGGACACCGGGGCGACGGCAAUUGAGGAACAGAAGCCAGCGCCAUUGAAUUUGAGAGAAACGGGACAUAAUUUCAACCCGACUAAGUACUUUGUGGAGGAGGUGGUUAGUGGAGUCGACGAGACUGAUCUUCACCGAACUUGGCUCAAGGUUGUCGCCAUGCGCAACACACGUGAGCGGAGUUCCAGACUUGAGAACAUGUGCUGGCGCAUUUGGCAUCUCACUCGCAAGAAGAAGCAGUUGGAGUGGGAAGAAGGACAGUGGCUGGCCCAUCGGAGAUGGGAGCGGGAACAAGGGCGCCGGGAUGUGACUGAGGACAUGUCUGAAGACCUGUCAGAAGGAGAGAAGGGAGAUGGUCUGGGGGAGAUGAUGCAGCCUGAAACUCCAAGGAAAAGGUUCCUUCAGAGAAACUUGUCUAACUUGGAAGUAUGGUCUGAUGAUAAGAAGGAAAAGAAACUCUACAUUGUCCUUAUCAGUUUGCAUGGUUUGGUUCGGGGAGAAAACAUGGAGCUUGGUAGAGAUUCCGACACUGGUGGACAGGUGAAAUAUGUGGUAGAGCUAUCCCGCGCACUUGCAAGGAUGCCAGGUGUUUAUAGGGUAGAUCUUUUUACACGCCAAGUCUCUUCACCUGAAGUUGAUUGGAGUUAUGGUGAGCCUGCGGAAAUGCUAACUAUGUGCUCUGAAGAUGAUGGAAACGGAGAUGAAGUGGGAGAGAGCAGCGGAGCAUACAUUAUAAGGAUCCCCUUCGGUCCACAGGAUAAGUACCUUGGCAAAGAAUUACUAUGGCCUUUCAUUCAAGAAUUUGUAGAUGGAGCUCUAGCUCACAUUCUUAAUAUGUCAAAGGUUUUAGGUGAACAAAUUGGUGGGGGGCAGCCUGUGUGGCCUUAUGUCAUCCAUGGGCAUUAUGCGGAUGCAGGGGACAGUGCAGCUCUCCUCUCUGGUGCUUUGAAUGUCCCAAUGGUGCUAACUGGACAUUCACUUGGAAGAAACAAGCUUGAACAGCUUCUUAAGCAGGGGCGACAAUCCAAGGAGGAUAUCAAUUCGACAUAUAAGAUUAUGAGAAGGAUAGAAGCUGAAGAGCUUUCCCUUGAUGCUGCAGAACUUGUUAUCACAAGUACCAAGCAGGAGAUUGAAGAGCAAUGGGGGCUUUAUGAUGGGUUUGAUGUGAAGCUUGAGAAAGUUUUACGUGCUCGGGCUAGACGUGGAGUCAAUUGCCAUGGCAGAUACAUGCCAAGGAUGGUGGUAAUCCCUCCUGGGAUGGACUUCAGCAGUGUUGUGGUACAAGAAGAUGCCCCUGAGGUUGAUGGGGAGCUUGCCACACUUAUGGGUGGUACUGAUGGGUCUCCGAAGGCAAUUCCAGCCAUAUGGGUUGAAGUAAUGCGGUUCCUUGCAAAUCCCCACAAACCAAUAAUCUUGGCUUUAUCAAGGCCUGACCCAAAGAAGAACAUAACAACACUUUUGAGGGCCUUUGGAGAGAGUCGUCACCUAAGAGAGCUCGCUAAUCUGGUACUAAUAAUGGGGAACAGGGAUGAUAUAGAUGAGAUGACUGGUGGAAAUGCUAGUGUGCUUACAACAGUACUGAAAAUGGUUGAUAAGUAUGACCUUUAUGGUCAAGUUGCCUACCCAAAACAUCACAAGCAGAACGAUGUUCCAGACAUAUACCGGCUUGCUGCAAAAACAAAGGGAGUCUUCAUAAAUCCUGCAUUGGUUGAACCAUUUGGGCUUACCUUGAUUGAGGCAGCAGCCCAUGGGCUUCCAAUGGUGGCUACUAAAAAUGGAGGACCAGUUGACAUUCAUCGGGCACUGAACAACGGCCUGUUGGUCGAUCCUCAUAGUAAAGAAGACAUUACGGAUGCGCUGCUUAAGUUGGUAUCAGAUAGGAAUUUAUGGCAUGAAUGUCGAAAGAAUGGUUGGAAGAACAUUCAUCUUUACUCGUGGCCUGAGCACUGUCGCACUUACUUGACUAGGGUGGCUGCUUGUCGAAUGAGGUACCCACAGUGGCAAACUGAUACUCCAUUGGAUGAAAUUCCUGACGAAGAGUCAUUUCUUAAUGACUCACUUAAGGAUGUGCAGGAUAUGUCACUUAGACUCUCUGUUGAUGGGGAUAAAUCAUCACUCAAUGAAUCUCUUGACUAUAAGGCUGCAGCUUCCGGUGACCCUGUCCAAGAUCAAGUGACACGUGUUCUAAGCAAGAUCAAGAAACCAGAAUCUGAUUCAAAAGACAAUAAAGAAGUUGGGAAGAAAACAGUCGACAAUUUGAUGAGCAAGUAUCCGUUGUUGAGGCGGCGACGCAAAUUAAUUGUUAUUGCACUUGACUGCUAUGACAGCAAAGGGGCUCCUGAGAAGAAGACAGCGCAGAUUGUGCAAGAUAUGUUUAAGGCUGUUCGAUCUGACGCAGAACUUGCAAAAGUCUCAGGAUUUGCUCUAUCAACAGCAAUGGGAGUGUCGGAGACAAUGGAGUUCUUGAAGUCAGAAAAGAUUCAAGUAAAUGACUUUGAUGCUUUGAUUUGUAGUAGUGGAGGAGAAGUAUAUUAUCCCGACACUUACACAGAAGCUGGAAAACUUUCUCCUGAUCCAGACUAUGCAUCACAUAUUGAUUACCGUUGGGGCAUUGAUGGCCUAGAGAAAACUAUUUGGAAACUGCUGAGUACAUCUGACAGUGGAUCCGAAUCGAAUCAAUCUUCCUGGGUCAUUGAGCCAGAUAAGAAAUCAAGCAAUGCUCAUUGCAUUUCAUUCUUGAUAAAAGAUCCUAGUAAGAUAAAACGUGUUGAUGAUUUGAGGCGAAAACUUCGGAUGAGAGGUCUCCGGUGCCAUCCAAUGUAUUGCAGGAACUCAACAAGAAUUCAAAUUAUUCCUCUUCUAGCUUCUCGAUCACAAGCACUCAGGUAUCUUUUCGUCCGCUGGAGAUUGAAUGUGGCGAACAUGUUUGUGGUUGUUGGUGAAACUGGUGACACUGACUAUGAGGAGAUGAUUUCCGGGGCUCAUAAAACCUUGAUCAUGAAAGGUACAGUGGAAAAGGGUUCUUGUGAAUUACUCCGAACGGUAGAUCUAAGAGAUGACAUUGUUCCUAAGGAAAGCUCCCUGAUUGGAUUCUUAAACACGGGUGCAAAGGUCAAUGAAAUCACCAAGGCAUUGAAACAACUGUUGGAAGCUUCAGUAGGAAUGUGAGGUAGUAAUCUCUAAUUGAAUGGGAAUUUGGUGCCCCUGGAGUUGUCCUUGUUGAUGUAGCUAGCUAAGCUAACAUCUGUCACUUGGAAAAAAGAAAGCUUUAUGUUGUUUAAAUAUGCAUACAAAGUUCAAUCUGUUCUUUUUCUCUUGAAGAAAGACUUGUAAAUGCAGUACAGAGGGACUUGUAAAUGAUGAUUAGGGCAUUGGAAUACUGAUGCACUUAAACUCUCUGCCACUUAUUUGUGUAAUGUCAUGUUGAACUUCAUACUAUAAUAUUUAUGUUUGAGAUGCC